UUAAAGCCACAAAUAAUCUCCUCGCGCUUUGAAAUUUUCACGCUCCAUGUCCCAAUAUACCAAACUAUAAAAACAAAUAAAGAGAACCCCUCAAAUUGUCGAGGUAAUAUGUCGCAGUCAUCGCGUCCAGAUAGCCCGGAUGAUCAAACGGUAAUGUAUAUUCGCGUCAAACGUAAUAAGAUUACUUACUUUCUGACAUGUGUGCCAAGUGAGACAAUUUUACAAAUCAAGGAGAAGUUGCAAGAUCUCAUUGAUCAACCAGUUAAUGAUCAGCGUCUGAUACUAAUGCCAAAUAGGGAAGUGUUAGAUGAUUCAAAAUCAUUGGCAGAUCAGAAGGUUGAAAACGAUGCUGUUUUGGCCCUGACUCUGAGAAAAGAUGAUAAUGAAUUUGAAGACGUGAAUAUCACAAGACCAACGGAUUAUAACCCUUCCUCAGAUGGUGGUUCUAAUUGGUGAACCGGAACAUAUCAGAAAGCUCUCUGCGGAAACAAGCUGUACCUUUUAAAUAACUCAUUGUCCUCAGUACUUUUUAACUAAAAAUGCUGCUUAAGUUGCUUUCGCAACAUUAGAGUUUGACUAUCAACGCUUUGUCUAAAGUCUUUCGAUAUGCUAUAGAACUAAGUAUUUGAAUUUGAUUCUAUGAGAGCCUUGUUCAAUGGAAGUCUCUAUGCCUC